AUGCGGAAUAUUCGCCUCGAUUCUUUGUCGUCGGAUCGUGAGGUUGCUUCUCAGAGCUACGGCCUUCGUUUGAGAUGGGAUCAGGGAGUGGCGAGCAGAGGCAAAUUGAUGGGGAAAUCAGUCCCGUUACGACCUCAGAUCAAGCAUGGUGUACCACGCACACACAAACAAUCAAGGACCCUUCGCAUGAAGAAGCAUACCGAUGACGAAAACUCUCCCCGUUGCCAACCUCAAAUAGCCACUGAAAGUUCUUUGGCUGUAUUGCACACAAAGCAGAAUGUCGAGCUUGUCGAUCGUCACGUCCGACAAGCAGCUCAUGCAGUCCUCUUUCAACAUUUCAACCACGAAGUCGCAUCAAAGCUUGCGUGGCUGGAUGGGCCCAAGAACCCAUGGCGAACUCUCGUACUUCCUCUUGCGCAACGCUCAUCCUGCUUGCGGCUAUCAACGCUGGGUUUGGCAGCAGCACAUAUGUCUGUCGUGUCUCCCCAAGAUAAGGCAGCGCUUGUUCAGAUUCACCGAAAUCUUCGAGAUGCGACUCUAUGUCACCUAAACCGGCAGAUGGAAUCCGAGCUGAAGCGCGGAGUAGCGCGGUGCGAUAAGAUUACCGAAGCCUCGGUUCUCAUCGAGAUUAUUCUCACCAUGAUUUCUUUAUGCUAUGCAGAAAUGUUCAUACCGAACUCGACGAGAUGGAGACUCCACCUCAGCGGUGUCCGCACAGGAUUCGAUAGAUAUGACCUCGCAAAUCCACACGAAAAGGUAAUUUCUCAGUUCUUCAUCGAAGAACUUGACUACCUGGAGGCUUUCGGGAGUAUAUCGACAUUCAGCUCAGCUUUGAGACGCCAUAGGCCCAUCUCACAGCACGCGACCUCUGAUGACUACUUCAAAGAAUUUACCGAAGCGCUUUAUGAGAUCACGGUUACCGAGAGAACCCGAGAUAACGCUUUUAGGACAGGGAAGAUACUUGCUGGCACGGAUAUGACUGUGUGGCAAGACAAGCUCACGAGUUCUUAUGACUCCGUUUGCGCCCGCAUUGACUCUACCCCAUCACAAGAUGUCUCUCUCCAGAUAGGCCUUAAGUCUGUUCUCAAAGCUCAAUACUACGCUUGCCUGGUGUACAGCUACCAAGCUCUUGCUUCAGAGGCGGAAAGAAUCUGUUUCACACAACAUCUCAUUCCCGCUGUUCAUACUUGGAACAGCUAG